ACUUCCGGUUGCUGUUCUGCAUCCUGAGGCCCGCCGCCUGACGCUUCCAGGCCGCCUCUGAGGAGGGUCCUCCGGACCCACCUUCCAUCGACGGCCCUUCUCAAGAGGAGUGAGUUUGCUGGGUCAGGAAUGGCCCUUGUGUUCCUGACAGCCAGGGCCCACCAGGGCUCAGUGACUUUCAGAGAUGUGGCUGUGAACUUUACCCCAGAGGAGUGGGGACAGUUGGCCCCUUCCCAGAAGGAAUUGUACCGAGAGGUGAUGCUGGAGAACUACCGGAACCUGGUCUGCCUGGGAUUGUCAGCUUCAAAACCAGAUGUGAUCUACCAGCUGGAGCGAGGUGAAGCACCUUGGAUGACAGAGGGAGAUGUCAUCCCAAGUAAUGAUUAUCCAAACUGGAAGGCUAGGCCUGAAGCCAAGGAAUCAGUUCCAAAGCUGGAUAUUUCUAUGGAAUCAUCAUCUCAGAAAAGAUUCACAAGAUGGCAUGGUUCCUUGGUCUGCAACUUCAGAGCAGCCUGGGGAUAUGAUGCAGGGUUAAAGAGUCAGCAGAGCAAGGUGGAGACACUUUCUCAGCCAGGAAAAUUGAUCCAAAGGAAAACUCCCAGUAAAGCACAAGGCCAGGAAUGUAACUACUAUGGCAGAAGCUUCAGUCAUGGGCCAGCCAUUUUUCCACAGAGAGUGUGUGUAGGAGGGAGCCUCCAAGACUGUCACACAGGCAGAGAGAAUAUCAGUCUAUGUUCAGACCUAAAUUCAUGUAAUAGAAUCUGCUCUAAGAAAAUAUUUUCUAAGUAUAACGAGUAUGGGAAAUCCUUCAGUUCUAAAUUAGACUUUAUUGAAUAUCAUAGACUAUAUCCUGCAGAACAAACAUAUGAACAUGAUGACUGUGGGAAAGCCUUCAGUAGCUGCCCAUCUAGUAAUUCCCAUCAGGCAGCUCGUAUUGGAGAGAAAUCCUAUCUUUGUAAUGAAUGUGGGAAAGCUUUCUUUCUGGGUAUACACCUUAUUGAACAUCAGAGAAUUCAUACUGGGGAGAAACCUUAUGCAUGUAAUGAAUGUGGAAAGGUUUUCCGCCUCAACACACAGCUUACUCGACAUCAGACAAUUCAUACUGGGGAGAAACCUUAUGAAUGCAGCGAAUGUGGGAAAGUCUUCCGCCAGAGUGCCCACCUUAUUCGUCAUCAGACAAUUCACACUGGGGAGAAACCAUAUGAAUGUAAUGAAUGUGGCAAGGUUUUCCGUUUGAGUGCACAUCUUACUUGCCAUCAGACAAUUCAUACUGGAGAGAAACCUUAUGAAUGCAAUGAAUGUGGAAAGUCUUUCCGUGAGAAGAAAGGUCUAAUUUAUCACCAGAGAGUUCAUACUGGAGAAAAACCUUUUGUCUGUCCUGAAUGUGGGAAGGCCUUCCGCCAGAGGACAGGACUAAGUUAUCAUCGGAAAGUUCACACUGGAGAGAAACCAUAUGAAUGUCAUGAAUGUGGGAAAGCCUUUCGUCAAAGAACAGGACUAAGUUAUCACCAGAGAGUUCACACUGGGGAGAAACAUUAUGAAUGUCAUGAGUGUGGGAAGGCCUUCUGGCAGAGUUCACAGCUUACCCAGCAUCGGAGAAUUCACACUGGAGAAAAACCUUUUGAAUGUCCUGAAUGUGGAAAGGCCUUCCGUCUGAUUGCACAGCUUAACCAACACCAGAGAGUUCACACUGGAGAGAAACCUUAUGAAUGUCAUGAAUGUGGGAAAGCUUUCUGGCAGAAUGCAGAACUAAUUUAUCAUCAGAGAAUUCAUACUGGAGAGAAACCUUAUAAAUGUAAUGAAUGUGGGAAGGCCUUUCGCUUGAGUGAACAACUUUCUCGGCAUCAGAGAAUUCAUACUGGGGAGAAGCCUUAUGAAUGUAAUGAAUGUGGUAAGGCGUUUCGUGUGAGUGGAAAGCUUACCCAACAUCAGAGAAUACAUAAUGGAGAGAAACCCUAUAAAUGUCGUGAAUGUGGGAAGGCCUUCUGCCAGAGCUCAGAACUUACUCGACAUCAGAAAAUACACACAGGAGAGAAACCUUAUGAAUGUCUUGAUUGUGGAAAAGCCUUUCGACAGAGUGCAGAGCUCACACUACAUCAAAGAAAUCAUACUGGAGAGAAACCAUAUGAAUGUAAUGAGUGUGGGAAGGCUUUCACUACCAGUUCAGCUCUUACUUACCAUCAAAGAAUUCAUACUGGAGAGAAACCAUAUGAAUGUCAUGAAUGUGGGAAAGCAUUUUCCCGAAGGGCAACACUUAGUCAACAUUUGAGAAUUCAUACUGGUGACAAACCUUAUGAAUGUCAUGAAUGUGGAAAGGCCUUCCCCCAAAGGGUAGAACUUAUUCGACACCAUAGAAUUCAUGCUGGAGAGAAACCUUAUGAGUGUCUUGAAUGUGGGAAGGCCUUCUGGGAGAGUGCAGAAUUAAUUUAUCAUCAGAGAAUUCAUACUGGAGAGAAGCCUUAUGCAUGUAAUGAAUGUGGGAAGGCCUUUCGGGUGAGAACACAGCUUACUCGACAUCAGAGAAUUCAUACUGGAGCCAAACCAUAUUCGUGUAAUGAAUGUGGGAAGGCCUUUCGGGUGAGAACACAGCUUACUCGACAUCAGAGAAUUCAUACCGGAGCCAAACCUUAUAAAUGUAAUGAAUGUGGGAAGGCCUAUAGGCAGAGUGCAGAUCUUACUAGACACCAGAAAACUCACAUUGAAGAGAAACCAUAUGAAUGUAAUAAGUGAUGGUAAACUUUAUGUUUAGGGAAAAUACUUUAUUCAACAUCUAGCUAGUUUAUAUUGGAGUGAGAAAUUUUAUUAGUACAAUCAGUGUGCAAAGUACCUCGAUCAGAAAACAAAGCUUAUUAAACUUCGGUGAAUUUGUACUGGGUAGAAAAAAGCCUUGUGAAUGUGGGCAGGUAUCCUGUUAGAACACAGGAUGUAAUCAACACUGGGGGUCAUACUGGAGAGUAUGAUUAUAACAGAUGUGGAAGGUUUUCACCUUCAGAGAGCCUGUGCUUUCUGUCACGAAAUACUAAAGGGAAAUCCCGAUUAUCAUUAAUGUGGGAAAGCCUUUGGCUGACGCAGAAACCUACAUCAGAGAAUUAGUAUUGAAGAGAAACCUUUUAAAUUAAUAUUCUUGUGAUUUCGUAGUGUUCAUUUUUUAUUGUUAAUUUAAUUUUCCUCCCUCUCACCUGGUGAUAUAACAAAUUUAUCAAUUUUGUUAGUUUUUUUUAUAUAACCAGUUUUUAGUUUUAUCAGUUCCAUAGUCUUUUUUUAGUUUCUGGAUUUAUGCUGUAUUUUCAAAAUUGCCUUUAUGGUGUUUAUUUUGUGUUUGUUUUCUAAUUUUAUAAAUUAUAUAUCCAGUUC